AUUCGUGCAUCUGCUAUUUCCGGAAGUCCACCUAGCUUGGUGAUUGAGUCCAAUCGGCCACAUUCAGUUAGCCAUCACUUGCUUUCUAGGCUUCAUCCAAUCGGAUUGGUUACUGUGCAACCGCCCUCUAGGAUCACUGCCCUCGCAAUGCAUGAUAUCUUUCAAAAGAAUGCUUUUCAAGCGCCGGAUUCACUGCAUCCGCAGAGCCCAAGCCGGCAGUCAUUAGCUUCUUCACCUAUUCUCCUGGGCUUGGCCACGGCCCAUGGAUUUGCACUGGUCCGCAUCAAUUCAUCUCCUGCACCGUUACAAUUACCCUCUCUGCUUCCUCAGACUGCUAGCGCGGGUACGAUAAAUUCAAGCGAUGCUAGAAACGUCGGUGAAGAACAAGAGCAGAUAAACACUGGUCUUGAGCAGCUUAUGAAAGAUGCAUGGUUAGUAUUUAUAAACUGA